CCUCUCCAGCCGCAACCUCACGAGCCCCGGUCCUUGCUUUUCCGAGCUCUCUCUCCCAACUUGGAGUACGAAGUAUCCAACAUUUCCCGAUGGGAUGGAUGGCUACCCAACGAUUCCAAUGCUGUCCAGCACACCUACUGCGUAAGGUGCCUCAGACCUUCCGCGUUGAUGCUUCCCCAGCCUGCAACCGUGCUACCACUUCGCCUCAACAGAGGCUGACAGCUCGCACUCGCAGCACGUCCAAGCAGCAACCCGAGUCGGAGCAUCUGCAUAGAAAAACGCAAAAUAAGAAAAAUACCUACCUACGGACACACAGUGACGAGAGAGCGCUUGUAAAAACGGCGGACCACUGGAACUGACACGCGGCGGAAAGACAGACGACCCAUCCACAUCGUCGG